GUUUAAUAAAAAUCCGGUAUGCUUUGGAGACUAUUGAGAUUUAAAUCAGAAAUGUGACAUGUCCCUACUGUUGCAUAAAUGUCCGGUACGGUAUAACUUUGAAUACCGGUCCGAGUAUAGCGCUGUUGCAACACAACCACGACGGCAACAACCCCACAGCACUAGUCUAGCUAGCUCCGUUCGGUGGGAAACAGAGCUGGAGAGGGUAUCAUAGUCGUAUCGACUUCGGGUGCCAAUAGAGUUGUCUCGAUCCAAUCUUUGUUUCCAAUCGUUAUCUGAGUUUGAGUUUCUGUGUCUUGGCCGAGACAGCUAUAAGCACUGAAGACAACGAUUUGUUGGACAAUCAUUAACCACCUCAUUCCACAGCUUCGAAGAGUCCAGUUGUCCCACUGUGACAAUCAGCAAGUUGUUAACCAUGGCAAACUCCAUCAUGUCCACCAUGUCUCAGCUGGACCCAGAAGUAUGUCACAAGGCAUCACGGUAUGCAAUUCGAGUCUGUGAGGAAAUGACCAAGAGAUCUAGUUUGAUUUCCGAUAUUGAUGAUGUCGUGCCCAGUUUCUCCAGAGAAGAAAUUAUCCCCAACUUGGGUGAGCUUCUGGGGAAGGGUGGCUUCAACAAUGUGUACGAGCUCCACAGGAUAGACUUGUUGUCUCCAUCACCCAAUGGAACGAUCGAAAAACUGAGAAGUCGUCUCGCCAACACCAAAGAAAAGCUUGCAGUUAAAUUUCUUUGUGAUGAUGCCAUGACAAAUCCAGACGAAUUUUGUAACGGGGCAGCAGAUCUUUUAAUGGAAGCAAAAUACUUGAGUGCCUUGGCAAAACACCCACAUCCCGGCCUUAUUCAGUUGUAUGGCGUGGCAGCAGAAGGAGCUUCGGGAUUUUCAUCCGGUUUCAAAGGAGGGUAUUUCUUGAUAAUUGACCGAUUAUACGACACCUUGGAUCGAAGAAUAGAUGUAUGGAGAGAAGUGAGAAGGAGGAGGUCCAAAGACACAACCAGCACAACCAACCGAAAGCUUCUCAAAGCUCUCUACUUUCAGCGGAUAAUGGUUGCCUAUGACAUUGCCCAGGCUUUGAAACAUCUUCACAAACUAGAAAUUGUCUUUCGAGAUUUAAAGCCAGACAACAUUGGUUUCGGCUACAAUAAUACGGUGAAGUUGUUUGAUUUCGGAUUGGCAAAAGAGCUGGAUCCAUACCAAAAACUUGACAAUGGGCUGUACAAGAUGAGUGGAGGGACUGGUUCGAGACGUUUUAUGGCCCCUGAAGUGUCACUCUCGGAACCAUACAGUCUCAGUGCCGACAUUUAUUCGUAUGCCAUUUUGCUAUGGGAACUCUUGAGCCUGGAAAAGGCAUUUGGAGAGCUUUCAUCGGAUGAACACAAAGAGAACGUGAUCAAAGGCGAUCAGCGACUGCCAUUUGACAAGGACUGGCCACUACCAGUAACCUACCUGUUGAGUGCAUGUUGGGACCCCGAUCCAUUCAAGCGCCCAAGCGCUCGUGACGUGUGCAAGGCUCUACGUCAAGAGCUGAGCAUGUGCUAUGAUUCUUUGAGGUCAAAGAAUUCUGGUGGGGAGGAUCGACGCCCGAGCUACUAGCCAGAACUCAGGUUCUCGUCACCAGAAACUUGGGUUUGCCAUUCAGUGGCCUGGGCUUCCUUGCUGCAAGUACACAAGGUGUGCGCCGGUAGUGGUGCGUAUAAUGUACAGCAGCGGAUGAAGAUUGGAAUGAAAACGUAUCAGUUUGGUUGUACCGUAGCUGACAGUUCAAUGGCUGCCGGCUAGCUAGAAAGAACCAAUCACAGCCAUAGCUAGCCAGAUGCCGGCCACCGCCACAAAAGCACGCGACUCGACUUGACUCGAACUCGACUCCAAAGCAUCGUACGACGGAUUGGUAUUGCUUUCCGUAGUGAUGGGAUUGCCAGAAUCGUGAAGAAAACGAAAAGGUACACGUUUACUCUUUUACUGUACUCGCGGAGACAUGUGGGAUCGAGUAGCCAGCCAAGAAAGGCGAAACCUGAUGAACUUCUAUCUGCCAGGCACCGUACGUAGAGCGUCCAUCAAUCCUGCAGGAGUACGGUAGGUCUAGCUAGCUGUGCAUCCACCAACAUCCCUAGCUAUCUAGCUGCAUGAAUAAAUAAAUGUGGCAGUGAUUGUUCG